AGCCAACCUUCGUUGCGUGCGGUUUAAGAUACAAAGAUACUCCCCGCUAAGAAAGAUACACGCGAGUGCCACCAAAAGUUGUGUGUGGAAUCGAGCAUAUCAUCACCGAUACAUAUCCAAAUAAAAAUAUAUAUCUUUUGAAAAAUUCAUACCAUAUCACUUAGUUGGUUGGCUAAUUAGGAGUGCAAAGAAAAACCAAAAAGAAAUUUUUUGGCCAGCAACAUGUUUGAGUGUUGAUGCGCAUGCGCCUUAAAGAAUAUCUAUGCUACGUGGGUGGCCGACGUGUUAAAGGACAAAAUCGCAAGUUAAAGGACAUUCGCCAGAAGUUGGCGUAUUAUUCAACAACUUUUUAUCGCCAGCUAAAGUGUGCAAAGUGCAAAGUGAAAAAAGCAGUAGAAAGUAAACAGGAAAUUAUCGAAGAAUAUAGAAAACAUAUCCCCAUCGUAACACUAUAACCCUACCGAAGUUUACAUAAUCCCCUCGAUAUGUCCACCGCAUCUUCAAGCAACUCCAGUGGCGAGGAGGCCACCAAAAAGCCCGGCUCCAACAAUGAAGAGAGCUCCCACCUGCUGGAAUCCGCCGAAAAUGGUGCCAAAUACGGCUCCAGACAAGCGGUCAAAAUCGUCAAAGGCAGCGACAAUGGACGGACCAGCUCCACCCCACAUGAACACGAGAAUCUACUCGGCAACAUGGUGCACACGUCGACGUCGAACAAUUCGCGGAAAUUGCCGCAAUAUGUGGCCGCAUUGGCAGCAGCUGGAGGCGCCUUCGCCUGCGGUACCCUCUUGGGUUGGACAUCUCCGGCCCAAACGGAGAUCGUGGAUCGUGGCCAGGGAUACGAUUUCAGCGUCGAUAAAAGCCAGUUCUCAUGGGUGGGAUCGGCGAUGACGUUGGGUGCCGCCUGUGUGUGCAUUCCCAUUGGUUUCCUUAUCAAUCUGAUUGGCCGCAAGUGGACCAUGCUGUUCCUGGUUCUGCCCUUCAUCCUUGGUUGGGCCAUGCUCAUCUGGGCGGCCAAUGUUGGUAUGCUGUAUGCCUCUCGUUUUAUCCUGGGUAUCGCCGGUGGUGCUUUCUGUGUGACUGCUCCCAUGUACACGGGUGAGAUUGCCCAGAAGGAAAUUCGCGGAACACUCGGCAGCUUCUUCCAGCUGAUGAUAACCAUUGGUAUCCUGUUCGUUUACGCCAUCGGAGCCGGUCUGGAUAUUUUCUGGGUGAGCUGCAUCUGCGGCAUUCUACCCCUCGUUUUUGGCGCCAUAUUUUUCUUCAUGCCGGAAUCGCCUACCUAUUUGGUUGCCAAAGAUCGGUCGGAGAACGCCAUUAAGUCCAUUCAAUGGCUGCGUGGCAAGGAGUACGAUUAUGAGCCAGAACUUGCGGAACUGCGUGAAACCGAUCGGGAAACCAAGGCAAACAAGGUCAAUGUGUGGGCUGCUCUGAACCGACCCGUCACCCGCAAGGCUUUGGCCAUCAGCAUGGGUCUUAUGUUUUUCCAGCAGGUGUGUGGCAUCAACGCGGUUAUUUUCUACUCGUCGAGGAUCUUUGAGGAAGCCAAUACUGGCAUUGGAGCCGAGUGGGCAACAAUCAUAAUCGGAAUCAUGCAGGUGGUGGCCACUCUUGUUUCCACCAUGGUGGUGGACAAGCUGGGUCGCCGCAUUCUGCUACUGGCCUCUGGAACUUCCAUGGCCCUGGCCACCACCGCUAUCGGAGUGUACUUCUAUCUUCAGGGUGUGGACAAGACAAAAGUGGUGAGUCUGGGCUGGCUCCCAGUGGCCAGUUUGUGCAUCUUUAUUGUCAUGUUCUCGAUGGGCUACGGACCGGUUCCAUGGCUGAUGAUGGGCGAGCUGUUCGCCACCGACAUUAAGGGAUUCGCUGGAUCGCUGGCCGGAACAUCCAACUGGCUGCUCGCCUUUGUGGUGACCAAGACAUUCGAGGACUUGAACCAAGCCAUGGGAAUCGGUGGAACCUUCUGGCUAUUUGCCGGCCUCACGGUUGUGGGAGUUUUCUUCGUUUUCUUUGCCGUCCCGGAAACCAAGGGCAAGAGUCUCAACGAGAUCCAGCUGGAACUGGCUGGCAAUCGGUCGAAUCCUUCAGCCGCUUCCGACAACAAAGCCGAGAAGUAAUUGGGCCAUUUUGUCCUGAGGAGCCCAAAUCGGAAACCGGAAGCCCAAAAAUGCACCGGAAAUCACUGUUAACUUGCUGUUAAUUUAUGUUUGAUUUAGGUUCGCAUCCUGUUGCGUUUUCGAUGUAUGAAUUUGUUUAUAGAAUUUAAUAUUCGCAUAGAUUUUCGGUUAGGCAUAGCGAGAGAUUCAGAUUGUAAAGAUAAAAAGAGGAAAAUUGCAGCAAACUAUAACUAAGAGCGAAGACUGAAGGUCAACUGCAGAAAAGCCGCAAGAAAUGUAAAGCCACUGUUAACACAAUGUUAACCGGCCUGCUUUUGCAGCCAUAGAAAAGACAACAGCAAUGUAAGAAAAAACAUAUAUACCUAUAUAUAUAUCCAUAUAAUGUAUGUAUGCUUAUUUAGUGUAAUUCAUUCAACCAACGAAUUCUGUUUUACAAAAUUUUAAGGCAUAUUUGCAUUUGUUCGAUAUUUUAAUGUGUUUGCAAGCAUUUGUUCGAUAAUUCUUAAUCUAUUUGUACUAUAUGAAUGUCUAUGUAUAUGAACUAUAUAUAUAUGUGUAGCUGUUUGGGUCUAAACUUCAAGAAGCAUUCAGUCGAUUCACUUAGCAUCGUCCGUUUAUGUUGUAAGCCACGCCUUUUUGCCAAUUUAUUUAUUUACGCCAAGUUAGCGACAGGGGUUCAUAUUUUAUUUAAUAAAAAUGAAAUAAACAUACACACUA